GCAUCUCCGAUCCCCAACCUAAGCUACUUCCACAUUCUAACUCCAUAGUAGCAGCCUUCCUUCUCCUCUUUCUUGUUGCCUAAAAUGGAGAGUUUUGGAAGCAAGGAUGAGCAGAAGCAGCAGCCACCAUUAAAGGCCGUCAAACUCUUCUCUGCGAUCCAACUGGUUUUGCGCCUCGCCAUCACCGCCCUCACGUUGGCCGCUGCCUGGACCCUUCUCACUAGCAAGCAAACCGUCUCCGUUUUCGGGAUCCAAAUGGAUGCCCGUUACAGCUAUUCUCCCGCCUUCAAGUUUUUGGCGGUCGCGAAUAUCAUAGUAUUCGGAUUCUCUCUUCUGUCUGUGUUUGUUGUGUUCAUCCUCGACAAGAUGGCUGGUGACCCAAAGCACUAUUUCUACAUGUUCCUGCAUGAUUUGAUUGUGAUGGCCUUGCUUCUUUCUGGAUGUGCAUCCGCAACAGCCAUAGGAUAUGUUGGGAAGUUUGGAGAAUCACACUCUGGUUGGAUGCCUGUAUGCGACAACGUUAGCAAGUUCUGCCACAAAGUUACAGUUGGUAUAACGUUGUCAUAUAUUGCCGUCAUCUUCUACCUCAUCCUCACCGUCCUUUCUGCAAACCAAUCCAGAAAAUCCAUGUUUCAGAACUAGGCUGGCCGGCCGGGGAAUUAAACACAAGCUAGGGAUUGGAGAAACAAAUGAAAGUGUUACAUUGUUACUAUGCUAGUUUAUUUAUUAUCUUGAAUCUCUCUCAGCUCCUUCUAUAUAUAUAUGGUAUAUGUAUACAACAGUAUGUACUAAAUAUGUUGUGUGAAAGGCAGUAGUAAAUUUUAUUUGGUGGAAUCAUUUAUGGCAAGCUGUAACAACCAUUAGCUGUGGAAUUGAAAUCAUGCAGACAUAGUAAUAAAUGUUUGCUGUUUCCCCGUACUGUUUA